CAUGUCGCUAUCCGAACUAGUUGGAGAUGAACGGCAGUUUCUGAACCUCUUGGCUAUGUUUAUGGCCCUUAUGGGCCUGGUGUCCUAUGCCAUGCUGCAGUAUAUCCGAAUGCCUUACGGUCGCUAUGCCACCUCGGUGUUCGGGCCGCCAGUACCAGUGCGUUUGGCUUGGUUUGUCCAGGAAGUGCCGUCGUUGUUCAUUCCCGUAUUUUUUUAUUUAAGACAAUCCGAGUUAGGCAUCGCUAAUCAGGUGCUGAUGGGAGCCUUAAUCUGUCACUACAUUCAAAGGACUCUUGUAUUUCCAUUCUUAAUCAGAGGGGGGAAGCCUACUCCAUUUGCGUCAUUUGCACUUGCCUUCAUCUUUUGCUGUUACAAUGGUUACAUGCAGAGCAGUUAUCUGUGCCAUUAUGCUUUCUAUGCCUCAGACUGGAUUCAUGACCCUUGUUUUAUAACAGGCAUAAUGCUGUUUUUCUGUGGCAUGUUCAUCAACAUCUAUUCUGAUCGCAUUUUAAGGAAUUUACGUAAACCUGGUGAAACUGGAUACAAAAUUCCCACGGGUGGAUUGUUUGAUUAUGUAUCAGGAGCAAACUUUUUUGGCGAAAUACUUGAAUGGUCUGGAUUUGCGUUAGCUGGGUGGUCACUUCCUGCUGCCGCAUUUGCAAUCUUUACAGCAUUUGUCCUCACUUCCAGAGCGCAACAGCAUCAUAAAUGGUACCUUGAGAAAUUUGAAGACUAUCCAAAAAACAGAAAAAUACUUGUACCAUUUUUAUAUUAAACUGAGUUCAAUAUAAAAAUGGCACAAGUGGGAUAAAACGUAUUCAACUUCCUGGGUGAAAUUUGUUUACCAGUGCAAAUAAGUCUUUUAAUACUGAUCCAGCUGCAAUAGCCAAGAAUUCAAACUGCCUCUACAUCUGUAAGACAACGAAGAACAAAGUUACCUUUUCAUAACUUAUUUAUAGACUUCCAAGGCCUGCGCAGGAAAAAGGUAGCAGGGGCCAUACUGAAGGGCUACACAGAGAGUUUGUGCGGCGUUGUUGAUUUAGUGGAAUUCAUCCUACAAACGUGUGGGUAUGUAAGAAAUUGAUGGUGGAGGAAUUUCGACAGUGGACCAAAAGGGAAAAUGUAUCCUGUAGCAUUAUAUUUUAUAAACAUAUAUAUUUUACAAGAAUCAAUUCUUAAAAAAUAAAUUAUACCUCUGGACUUUUUGCAUAAUUUUACAAAACACUAAUAUGUGACUCAUACUUUAACGAGUUAUAUUCCUUUUCUUUUUGGAAGUUCGCAAAUAGAAACAUAACUUACUAUGUUAUUACAUUGUUUUAAAGGACUUGGCUAGUUUCUUUCCAUGUACAAGUAGAUUGACAUACAGUAUUACAUUCACCUACCUCUCAAUAAAUCUGAUUAAACAAGC